GAGGAAGUAUUUCAAUGUGUUAUAACACAUUUGUUUGACUUAAUAAAUGAAAGGAGUCUAUCGUGUUCCAUGGCAUAAUUUUGUCGGCAAACAAGCCCAGUAGACGCAUCAAUAGUAGGCGUUUGUCGUAAUCAGCUUAUCUUGUCCCGGGUACCUCGGAAACGAUCCUUUCAGACCGGAAAUUCAACAUCCUCUUUGUGGAAACAAGAAAAAAAACAAGUAUUUUGUUAUCGAGUUCUUCAGCAAAGAAGUUUAUCAAACGAAAUAAUUUUUGAUAAAAAUAGAAAAAAACGAGGCAUUUAUAUUUUCCGGGGAUCCUGAUCGACCCAGAAAUGUUACGACGGCGAACUUCUGCAAUAACGCGAUACAUGAUAUCGAAAUCAAUUUUUUUUUCGACCAUCAGCGAAAUGAAAUCUUGUCGUUGAAAAAUAUCCGCAGUAGUCGAGUGUUCUUCGAUAGAGCGACACUUUGAUAAAUACAGUUCUGUUAUCUGGAGAGAUCGCAAUGGGGACGAAACUGAAGCUCCUUCUGUUUGCGUUGCUGAUGGUGUCCCUUAUGGUGGACGUUUCGGCGCACCAGCGACGAAGAAAACAUCGUCGUCACACAACGACGACGGAAGCGAGCGCUCAAGAUGAGGUCAUGAACAUGCUUGAGGCUGACGAAAUAGCCGAAGAGGCGGCGGAGAACGCUGAGGUCACCGUCGAAGAUGGCAGAAACGAGGUUGGAUCGAAGAGUCAGAGUUUGCUCCGUAUGGAUCCGUGCAUGAGCAAACACUGUGGCGCAGGACGAGUUUGCAAGGUUCGCCGGAGAUGGCUAAAUUCAUUUUUCCCCAGUGAAUGCCAUUGAAUUCCAAAAGCUUGGAUUUAGCUUUUAUUUAAACUGUCCCUCUUAACCCGAUGACCCGGGCGAUUUCUCUUCAUUCAUAAAUAUGAAUGAAUUCGAUCCUCUUAUCUGCAGUGAAAAAAA